AUGUUGGCCUUCAUGCAUGCUGCGAUAGAGAGCCAGUGGAAGACCAGUGGAGAUGUCAUGGCGGUGACUCUGCUUCAGAGUGUAAAAACUCAGCCAUGUUCUGGUCACAAGGGCUCGAUGUCACACAUUUGUUUGUCUGUGAAUACUGAUAAAAGUGGCAGGCUGAAGCUGGAAACCGUCGACGACCUGUUCAACAUCCUGCAGCUGAGGAAGAGGAGGAGAGAGAGGAAGGCUCCCAUCCGCAAGAGAAAACAGCCAGAGCCUGAGAUUGUGCCAGAGUAUGUGUGUGAGAAGCUGUUUCUGACAGCAGCCAUGGAGAACAAGAUGCCAGUGGUGGAGAAGUAUCUGUCUGACGGAGGAAACCCCAACGCUGCCGACCACUUCCAGAGAACAGCGCUGCACAAAGCCUCGUUCAAAGGACACGUGGAUGUGAUGAAGAGGCUGCUGGAGGCCGGAGCCGUCAUAGAGAAAAAAGACAAGCUGGAGGCCACAGCGGUCCACUGGGCCUGCAGAGGAGGCAGUCUACCGGCUCUGCAGCUCCUCCUCGACCAGGGAGCCAAAUACACCUCCAGAGAUAAGUUGCGCAGCACUCCUCUCCAUGUGGCCGUGAGGACAGGACACCACGAGUGUGCUGAGCAUCUCAUUCACUGUGGAGCGGACGUCAACGCCAAAGACAGAGACGGAGACACACCCAUGCACGAUGCUGUGAGAAUAAACAGAUUCAAGAUGAUCAAGCUGCUGAUGAUGUACGGGGCCAGUCUCAAAACUAAGAACUGUGAUGGAAAAACUCCAAUGGAGACACUGAAUUCAUGGCAGAGCGGAGCCAAGAGCCUCCUGUGUAACUUCAGCCAGUAGAAACCUGCAGGAAUUUGA